AUGGAGCAAAAAGAAGCGAAGAAACGAAAAGGCAACACAAGAAGAAGAGAAAGCACACGAUCGAAAUCAAUAUUGUCCUUUCCUCUCGAUCUAACCAGAGAGAUACUCUCAAGGCUGCCUUUGAAAUCUGUUGUGAGGUUUCGUUGCGUGUCGAAGCUUUGGUCAUCACUCACCACCAAUCCAUAUUUCAUCAGCUCGUUCGGAGAUAACUCCUCAACAAGGCAGACCCUUCUACUCUGCUUCACUAAAGGUGACAAACUAUUUGUUUCUUCCAUUCCGCAACAUACUCAGGAUUCGAACAACUCUUCUCCUCUGCCUAUUGAGCGUUAUCAUAUGAAACUCCCAGGAUAUGGUUUUCAUGAUCUUACUGAAUCUGUGCACGGCUUUAUAUGCGUUGAAUCCUCACCAAAUCCCUUAGUUUGGAACCCUAGCAUGAGAAGUUUUUUACCUUUACCCAAUCCCACUAACCAUAAGAGCUGGAAUAGUAAAACACUCUUUCUAGGAUACGAUCCCAUCGAAGGUAAAUACAAAGUUGUGUGCAUUCGCUAUAAGAAAGUUUCAUACGUGUGCCGGGUUUUAACAUUGGGAUCAGCUCAAGAAUCGUGGAGAACGGUCAGAACAAAGCAUAAGCAUCGUGCUGGCUAUUAUACUUAUGGGAGAUGCAUCAAUGGGGUGAUAUAUUAUAUAGCCCGUGAUCAGUGUAAGCCGUCUGGUUUUGGAUUUGUUAUAAUGAGCUUUGAUGUCAGAUAUGAAAAAUUCAAAAUGAUAGAACUACCAUCGAAUAUUGAUGACCCUGUGCUGAUAAAUUAUGACGGGAGGUUAGCUUGUAGUGAUAGUGAUAAUUACAAUAUCAGAAUAAGAGACAAUGAAAGAAGAUUGUGGAUAUUGGAGGAUGCAGAGAAACACAAAUGGUCGACUCAAGAUUAUCUUUUACCUUUUGAUCCGAUUUCGAGAACCGAUAUGAAACUAAGAGGUGUUACUACCGCUGGUGAGUUUGUUUAUGUACCACCCUCGUUUCUUAAAUCGUAUUAUAUUUUAUUUCUUGAUCCGAUGGGAAACAGCUAUAGAAGAUUCGAAUUCAAAGGAAUGGCAGACGGCGGCGGCGAAUCUUGGCCCGAUUAUAUAGUUAGACAUGGAAUGUAUGAUCUUAAUCAUUUCCAUGCUUUCCCGAAUCACACUGAGAGUCUAAUGUCUUUGUAA